GGCUGCUGCUGUAAAGACGCCUGCCUGCUAGACAUGACAUGCCCGACCGUCUUCAGCUGCAGCACGCCUUGCCUCCAUGUUAUGAAAACAGCAGCUUGGAUUAAUGCUUAAACCUGCCCUCUGUUAGUGCGCUCCGUGUUCUUUAGGACAGACUGUGUGUACAGGGAGAGUCACUGUGUCCUAUCUGACCAUGUGGGACACACCGGCCCUACCCUAAGGAUCACGGGAAGCAGGAAGAAGCUUUAGAUUUGCAGCAGUUCAAACGCCGAUGAACAUGAGGAGGUUUUUCCGAGCACAAAAGGACGAAGACGACAGCCAGAUCCAGUAUCUGACGGCCAAGUGCAACCGCCUGGCUCAUGAUAAAGCGGUGCUAGACAGGGAGUUCCUGUUGUCCAGAGACAGGGAGAGGAAGCUGCACAAUGAUCUGGAAGCUGUGAUCGCUCGACUCCUCCACCAGGAGCAGCUGAACCUGGAGCUCAGGAUGAGAGAGGACCAGCUCAUCAGCAGGAUCCACCAGCAACAGGACCUGGUGGACUUGCUGCAGAAGCGCGUGGUCCUGCUGGCGGAGGCGAGCACCCGGGACGCAGAGCUGCUGCGGCAGGUCGGCUCGGAGCUGUUUUGCCUGCAGAGCUCCGAGGGGAAACUGGAGGGCCUGGUGGAGGAGCUGCACGCCGAGGCCCAACACAGAGUUGUGGUGGCAGAGGGCCUCCAGAAGGGGCUGCGCGUUGAGGCCCAGCGCAGAGCUGCGCUGAUGGAGAGCCUGCAGGCAGAGCUGCGCAGUAAGACAGCGGUGCUGGAGGAGCUUCAAGACACCAACCAAACUCUGACAGAGAAGCUGAUGGAUUUACGCUCCGCUCAUCAGAAGGAGGUGAGGGAGCUGCAGCAGGAGAACGAGGGGAGUCUGAGGAAACUACAGGGGACAGCAGAGCAGUUUGAGUGGCUCUGUCAGCAACAGCGCUACUGGAUGUGUUGUGUCAAGAGAUUCAAAGACACCCUGAUGGAGGAGAGAGAUGCUCUUCUGCAACAGGUCGUCUUGUUGAAAAAGAAGGCAGAGAAACUGAAGAAGAGUUUACAUGAUGACAGUCCCACACAGAGCGUCCUCUGUCCUCUACAGGACACUAAAUGCUGUGACGGCAGUAUAACAUCGUGGGAUGCAGAAGCAGUUGCUGACCUGGAGGCUCAGGUGGAGAAGUCAAACAUGCUGUAUAAGGAGCUCUUUAACCAGGCAGGGAGCCCGAUCAACGGACACCAAAAACCUCCUUGAGGACAGAAGCCUGGAGCCUGGACUCGUCUUCUUUUUCUCUUCCCACCUCCUGAAGGCCAGAAGAUAACCACUAGAUGUUUGUGUGUGCGGUUAGAUUCAUGGAAUACUUCCCAGUCAUUGUUGUAAAAACCAUAAAAACCUUGGGAAAACAUACCUGUGAAACCAAACAUUCACAUUGUUUCUUCCACUAUUGUUCACCUGUCUUUGAAAACAAUGUGCUUCAUGAUAUAUGACUGAAUUAAAACACAGCACCGUGCUCCUGUUCUCCUCAUGCACAUCACAUGUGGCUAACGUUCCUAAAGUCACAUUUUCCUGUAAUUGUCCAUUAUCCAGACCUUGUAAUCAACACCACUAACAACAGCAAUAAAGCACCUGAGAAUGCACUCUUUUGUUGUUUUGCCA